ACAAAAAUUUUCUGUCUCUCCCGUGUCAAACAGGAAAACAGGGGUGUAAAAAUCACUCUUCCGAAAACCACCACACAAAAAAGGAGAACGAAACGAACAAAAAGGUCUUUAACCUGAAUAAAAUUUCGUGUAUUUCCUCUUUUUUUAAUAUUUCUACGAAAAAUUUAAAAUACCUAACACGCCCGUUUAAAUAUUUUCUCAAUACCACUUCCAUAAUCAUUCCAACUUUGUGACACGAAAGAAAAAAAAAAGACAAACACAAAAGUCAAACUCACUUGGUAGAAAAAGUUAUCACUUUUCUCUCCGCUGUGUUUGUUGAAGGAACAAUGGCAUCCUCCCAACAACAACCAAAAUCAUCAUCGAAUGCAAAUCCAAUUGGACUUAACGAUAACGAUGCCCAUUCCCAAAUGGAAUACCGACUGCAACAAAUGCACAUUUCCAAUGAAGGUAAAACUAAAGAAUACCAUCAUCAUUUAGAACGACCACCCGGCGGCAACAGCGGCAGUGGAGGUACCAUGGAGACAUUAAUUCGUGACGCACACAUGUGUGGGCCAACAACGAUGACAACGACAACAAUGCCUCUAACAAAGCAACAACAAAUGCCAAAUGAUUCAUACAAAAUCUAUGAGCGAAACAAUAUAAUCGCUGCCUCCAAGUACGCUACUCCGAGGUCCAUAGAGCAGCUCACCUUGAACAAUGAGAAUCACUAUGAGCUCAAGCAACAGCACUCACCUGUUUAUGAGAAUUUAGACUUUUAUUCGGGGGCACAGUUCGAAUCGAACAACACCAGGGCACAGCCACAGUCGCCACAGAAUAAUUAUGGCAUGAAUAGCAACAGCAAUCGGGUGCAAUAUUUGCCAAUGCAGGGAGCAAUCAGUUCUAGAUAUGCUCAUACGCCAGUUCCCGAUGUGGAUCCAACUCCCAUCUAUGAAAAUGUUAUACCUCAUUCUGGUCAAAGAGCACAGCCACAAGCAUCACCUGCUACUGCAACCAUUUAUCAAUUGGUUGAAAUGCAACAACAACAUUCACCUCAUCAUUCUUUAGAAUCGCCCAAUGCACUUUUGAGUCAUAAUGAUGGUGCAAAUGCAUUAGCCGGGCCCCAACAUCGACGCAGUAUUUCAAAUUCUUCUCUAAAAACUAAUGCCGCCACGGUGAGUGCUUCGCCAAACCAACGCUAUCGGAAUUUGUCGCUGCCGAGUCAUCUUAUGUCGCCUAAUCAAACGCCAAUUAACAACAAAGUUCCUGAUUAUCGGACACAAAACCCUAAACUAAACCAGAUUCCGCAGUCACCAAUGCAUCACAUUCCAAAUAGAAUGUUAUCAUCUCCCAAACCAUUAGCGCCUGGUCAAAUGGGAAUCAAUAUUUCCUUGAAUCCGAACUACAUCGAGGAUAUAAAUAGUUCUGAUUAUGUUUGCAUGACUGCUAAUUUAAAUAGAAAACCUCCACCACCGGCUCCGCAAAUAGAAAAAUCUAAUGCCAACCAACCCAAGGAUAUGAUGAAACAACAACAGCAACAACAACAACAGCAGCUACAAACCGCAAUGGCUUUGGGUGUGGAGAGAGCAAAUAGUGCAGCUGGAAUGAGGUCACCUUCAUUGCCACCAACAGCAACAUCGCCCACACCUUCACAAGGAAGCACAGGACUAUCAAAAAAUCUAUUGCCGUAUAGUGUGACACCACCCCGCCCAGCUGGGCCAACUGAAGCACAAAGGAAAAUCGAAGAAUUAACACGUCAACUUGAGGAGGAAAUCGAAUUGAGUGAGGAACAUGGAGAGUAUUUUGGAAUUUGUCACACAUGUGGCGAUAAAGUCAAAGGUGCUGGACAAGCGUGCCAGGCAAUGGGCAAUCUAUAUCAUACAAAUUGUUUUAUUUGUUGCUCUUGCGGUCGUGCAUUGCGUGGAAAAGCUUUUUACAAUGUUCACGGAAGAGUCUAUUGCGAAGAAGAUUAUAUGAACUUACUUGAUUUACAGUAUUCGGGAUUUCAACAAACUGCUGAAAAAUGUGCAAUAUGCGGACAUCUUAUCAUGGAAAUGAUACUGCAAGCAAUGGGAAAGUCCUACCACCCAGGUUGUUUCCGUUGUUGUAUUUGCAAUGAGUGCUUGGAUGGUGUUCCAUUUACUGUUGAUGUAGAUCACAAGAUUUAUUGUGUCAACGAUUAUCAUAGAAUGUUUGCCCCAAAGUGUGCUAGCUGUGGAAAGGGUAUUACACCUGUUGAAGGAACUGAUGAAACUGUUCGCGUUGUUUCCAUGGACAAAGACUUCCAUGUAGAUUGCUACAUAUGUGAGGAAUGUGGAAUGCAGUUGACUGAUGAACCAGAUAAGCGCUGCUAUCCGCUGGACGGAAGAUUACUUUGUCGAGCAUGUCACCUUCAAAGAUUGGCCUUGCAAGCAUCGCCACAUGCCAGGCACACAGAACCAGUGUGUGCUUCGUAUCAGUAUAUGGGUUAGAUAUAAACAAAA